UACGGAUCCGGAUUCUGUCCCCCGCUCAACCCCGCUACAGAACAAACAACUCAGAUUGAAAAUCCAACUUUCACCGUUUGUCCAAAGUUGAAUUGCUCGAGACCAAGAUGGAAUACGACACGAAGACCCCGACCUCCUCUACUGCUGACAAGACAUCAUUUGCCUAUGUCAGUGCCAGAGACAGGUGGCCUAUCAUUAUAACCGGCGCAAUCGAUGAUGUAUAUAGAGCAGUUUCAGAUACAACGGAAGAGCCAAAGCGCACAGAAGGGAAGAAGAUUAUUGAGGAGCUUGCAAAGUUCAAAUAUGAGAUUCAACACGACCGAAAAUUGACGCCUCUUCCUGAUGAUGGAUAUCCCGAUAUCGCAUCUUACAACAAAGAACUCGAACAAUUAGGGAACCCAUCGUGGUUCAAUGUCCCAUGGCUCUUCUCAGAAUGCUACGUCUACCGACGCAUAGCAACGUUGUUUUCCCUAUCGCAACAUUGGAAAUCAUACGACGUAUUCGCCCGUCAAAAGAUGUCAACUUUCCGAUCCUCUCGCCCAGCUGUUCUCGAACUGGCCAGCCGAUAUCAUGAACUUAUAACACAACUGGAGAAGAAAGAAACGAAGACACAAGAGGAGGCUGAAGAGGCAGAGAAACUCUUGUUCAUGGAGAUGUGCGAGAUUUGUCUCUGGGGAAAUGCGACGGAUCUCUCCCUGUUGACGUCCCUCACAUAUGAGGAUAUACAAAAGCUGCAAGGGUCAGAAGCACGGAAAGCAUCAGAGAAAAACAUUCUCGUCAAUGAUUUGGGAGAUGCAUAUGAAGUUUUGAAGAAGGCGAAGAAGGAUGGCAAGGAGAGAAGAGUCGACAUUGUGCUCGACAAUGCUGGAUUCGAGCUCUACGUUGAUCUCAUCCUGGCUGGCUUCCUUCUAUCCGCCGGUCUUGCAACAAACAUCAUCCUUCACCCCAAAUCAAUCCCAUGGUUUGUUUCCGACGUCGUACCUUCAGAUUUUGCAGCUCUACUCAACGCAUUAGCGAACCCUCAAAGCUUUUACUCCACUCCUUCAGACGAGGAAAAGAAUGCUGGCAAGACCCCACAACCAUUAACUCAGAAGGAAGUGGAUGAACUCUCAUUCUUGUUUUCACAAUGGAGUAUGUUCCAUGCGGAGGGUCAGCUGAUACUUCGGACCAACCGAUUCUGGACUGAGGGCGGCAGUUAUUGGAGGUUGCCUGCUACAGCUCCUCAGCUUUAUGAGGACUUGAAGCAGAGCGAGCUGGUUAUUUUCAAGGGCGAUUUGAACUAUAGGAAAUUGACUGCUGAUGGUAUGUGGGAUCCAACUACACCAUUCGUCAAGGCUAUUGGCCCACUGGGUCCGGGAUCCGGUAUCAAUAUUCUCGCUCUACGUACAUGUAAAGCGGAUGUUGUUGUUGGGCUGAAGCCUGGUGAGGAUGAGAAAUUGAGGGCAAUGGAAGGUGGUGGUGGUGAUAGUGGGGCAAGAAAAUGGGCGUGGAGUGGGAAGUGGGCUGUGGUCUCAUUCUCUGCUGGCCGCUGA